AAAAUCCAAAAAGUAAACAAGAACAUAUAUAAAUAUAUAUAUAUUUUUAUAAUUAAUGGCAUAGAACAGAAGGCUAAAGCGACAAAGAAACCCAUACAAAAUAAUUACUAAAACAAAAGUACAAAAUACAAUUUCAAACAAAAGUUAUUUAGCAACGCAAUAGUUUAAAAAAAAUAAAUUGUUCAAAAUCAUUAAAUCAACAAAUUAAUGAUAAAAAUAAAACAAAAAUAAAAAAAAACAAAGUCUGAUUAUUAUUAAUAACAAGAAAAGCAAGUUGAAAUAAACAAAUUAUUACAAAUCCCUACAAAUUUUUGAAAAUCAAAUAACCAAUUUUAUGCAAUUUCCGAAAUAUUUUUAAAUUAUCAACAAAACAACAAACGGUUAAAGUACAAAACAAACAAAUGUUCUUCUUUUUUAAAUUAUAACAACAACAACUAAAUAAAUUAAAACAAAUUUUUCGAAGCAUUAUUAGCUUAUAUAUCAAAAAACCAAAAACAAACUACAUAUAUAGACGAUAAAUUGAAUUAAAGCCAAACAUCCAUACAACAACAAAACAAUACAAACUACAUAGUCUGCACAGAAUAAGAUACAAAUUUUCCCAAUGCAUAAUCCAAUACAAUUAAUAAACGUUAAUCAAUCAAUUAAACAUUUAAUCAUAAAAACAAAACAGUGUUAAAUAUCUAAGAGCCACUCAAUUACUUUUCUCACAAUUAACAAACACAACAACAACAACAACAAACCCCAAAGCAUAAACAGACAUUUAACGAAAUACGUACAACAACAAAUAUUAUAAAACAUAGUCGUGUAGUGUUUCUCGCUUUUUCCACACCCAACCAUAAAUUUGUUGCCAAGCCAAGAAACCCAGUGAUUUUUGAGUGAACUCUAAGCCCAACAACAAAAACCAUCAAAAACUCUUUGAAAAACUACCUCAAAAGUGUAAAAACAGUGUACAAAUAUUCUAUAACAUAACAAAAGCCACAAAGUAAAGGAACUCCCGAUUUUUGCCCAUCCCUCGAAAGUAAAGGAAAAAAAGAAAAAGAAAACGAAACAAAACAAAACAGCGAACAAAAGUAAACAAAAUUUAACUAAAGCACAAAAUUUAAGGUACAAAUUUCAUACAGACCAGAGCUAAUGAAACAAAAAUUAUCUACGACAAAUUUUACGUUGACAUUUGAUUCGUACUCAUACAGACAGACAUACACAAACACUUGUUUGAAAAGAGCAAAGGACUAAAACAAGGCUAUUGCAAAAGAUAAACACUAAGGCAGUACACAAACACACACAAACACUCACAUGAGAUAGAUCCCUGGAGCGCAGAGAGAAUAGUGAACAAAACUAGAUAAAGAGAGAACGCGAAAGACAAGAGAGUGUCCGCAGAGAACGAGAGAGAGAGAGAGAGAGGAGUGUCUUUGUCUGCACUCCUCGACCACCCCUUAACAUUUUGCGGCUGAUCCUGUUAGGGCAUUCGAGAAGCGGCCAUGCAACAGGACACACUUAAAUGGCGUCAUCAGUAGUGGCACAAUCCAGCGGCGGUCCACAAGAAACGUCUGCACACUCUUUGCAUCAUCAGCCACAACAAACACAGCAACAACAUCACCAUCCGCAGCUAACAACUACCAGCGUUCCAGCCCACAGCACACAUCUGCAACACUUGAGCAGUUUGAGUCAUCAUUAUACGGCCUAUCAGCCAACACCAGCUGCAGCUGCCUUUGCCCCCCAUCACCCACAAUACCAGCAAUAUACUGCGUUGCAAGGACAACAACAGCAGCAGCAACAUCAAACAUUGUAUCAGCAGCACCAUCACCAACAACAGCAGCAACAACAUUGGGACUAUUAUGCUCGACAACCUCCACCUGGUCAACAGCAACAAACGCAUUCGCACGCACCAACCUCGUCUACGAACGCAAAUACUACCAGCACAACAACCACCCAGCAGCCGUUGCAAUCAUCGACACCCACAAGUACAACAAACCACAGUAGCAACAAUGUCGCCUCAAAUAACGUUAGCACGGCCGCAACAACAGCUGAUACUCAUACGAACUCCCAUAACAACACAUCUGCAACCUGCAAUAACAACACAAACGAUUCUGUAAGCUCUCAGACCAACGGAUCGAACAACAACUAUACCAGACCUUGGGAAAUGGAGUCCAAAGAUUCAAAUUCCAACUCCAAUCCUAAUCCAAUACACCAGCAGCAACAACCAAAGAGUGGCUUUGAGCCAUUUUCGAAACUGCCCUCCUUUUCAAGUCAAUUCUAUGGCUUUAACGAAGUAAUGGCCGAUGGAACACCCAUACCAGCCACCGCAUCGGCAGCGACUGCUGCCGCAACGUCAGGAAUAAAUCCGUCGUUGAGUUCGCUGCAGACUGUGGCCAUGUCGCCGGCUAGCAUAUCGGUGAGUUCGCCCGGUAUGGUAAGCGUGGGCUCGCCCCUGACCCAACUGGCCAGUCUGCAAACAAGUAUAACACCACCAUCAAGUGGUUUCGCCCCUCUAGGAGCUCCUCCACCACCCGUACCGCCCAAUGCUUUUCAUCCACACCAUAGGAGCACGUAUCCCUUGGUACCGGCCGCUUUAGCGCCCACACCUGUGGCAGCUAGUGCUGGUUAUACGGAUCCAUUGAUGUAUCAACCAUUGACGCCGUCGUAUGCUCCACCCACGCCCAAUUCGUUGGUACCGCCCUCGUUGCAGUCAUCAACCUCGUCGUCGUCCACGUCCGCCAUUGGGGGUAAAAAGGAGAAUUCCCUCUCGGCCUUUGAUCUCAAUACCAAUUCAAAUGGCUCACUGCUAAGUGCGCCCUCUUCAAAUACGCCAAACACAUUGGCCACGCCCAUGGGUAUGCAUACGCCCACACCGUCGUACGAUGGUGCCAGCAGCUCCUCAAUGAUGGACAUCUCCAAUCAUGGAAUUGGAGGCAGUAAUACCGGCUAUCAUACGCCACACUCGACUCAUACCAGUACUGGAUCUCAUACUCCGCACACCACGCAACCCCAUACGCCUACGCCCUCCACCACAACACCUAUUAAGACAGACAAGGUUUUAAAUUCUCCGGUGGCCAGGGUGGAUGCGCGCAAGAAGGAACGACGGAAAAAUCGGGCGAAUUCGCUGGAGUCCAGUGCCGAAUCCGAGGCCAGCGCCAUGGAUGUGGACCCCAGCAAUCCCGGCCAAGUUGAUGCUGUCUCGAGCACCGCCAAUUUCAAGAGUCCCAUCAGUGGUCUGGGCAUAGGUGACAGCAACGAUGGUGCCGGCGAAAAACAGAUGUCUUCUAACAUUUUCCAGUCGAAAAAGAAGCGCAAACGUUGCGGCGAAUGCAUUGGUUGUCAGCGUAAAGACAAUUGUGGCGAUUGUGCGCCCUGUCGCAAUGACAAGAGUCAUCAAAUCUGCAAACAACGGCGAUGUGAGAAGCUCACCGAGAAAAAGGAACCCAAAGCCAAACAAGUUGUUUAUGGUCCUGACGGGCAGCCUGUGCGUCCUGAAAAACGUGGUCGAGGAAAGGGUAAAACUGCAACUGGAAGUACAACACCUACAACAGGGACUCCUAGUCGAGGCCGCAAGCCUUCUGCCAAAGCAGCAAAAAUAAAUGCAGGCGCUACGGCAACAGCUACUGCGCACUCACCACGACAGGUUGUUGCCAAUUCCACAUUAAGUCCAGUCGGUGCACCAACAGCGGGAGUAGUGGGGGUGCCGCAUCCUUCACCAAAUACGAAAACGACAAAUGCCAACACAAACAGUACGUCAACGGCGGUGGUAGGCAACAACAAUUUGCUAGGUACAAGUCCACAGCAACAUCAACAACUGGUGGGUAACUUGCACCAUCAGCAACAACAAUUGCAGCAGCAUCAUCAGCAUCACUCUCAGUCAUCAUCAAAUCAUUUACACCAGCAACAGUCGCAACAUAAUUUGAAUAGUUUACAUAGCCAGCAACAAUCGCAGCAGCAGUUGUCUCAGCAACAGUUACAGCAGCAGCAGCAACAGCAACAGCAUCUUCAGCUGGGUCAGCAUAGUAGUCAAAGCCAGACACAACAACAAUCGUUGCUGCACCAUCAGCAGCCUCAACAACAACAGCAGCAGCAACAGCAGCACCAUCAACUGCAGCAACAUCAAAUCACCGCUCAAAUCCAAACAAUGAAGGACCAACCACAGCAGCCAAUGGCACCCAUGGCCUUUUAUCCCACAUGGCAAGCUGAUCCUUCUCAGGGUUGGCAAAAUCAGUUCAUUCAACAAAUACCACAAAACACACCCGGCAUAACAUCGUUGAAUUCGUUAGACUUUCAGACACAGUCGUACGGCUAUCCAUCAAAUGGAUAUGUGCAGACAGGUUUAGGAUUUGAUCCCAACUACGGACGUUCGCCAUAUGGAGCUCCGGUGCAGCGUUAUGAUUUCCAGAGUCAACAGCUCUCAGGUGCCCCCUUGAAUCAGGUUGGCUUACAGGGUGUCGGCUUUGCGCCAUCGUCAGUUGCCUAUGCCGGCCAGGUGUCCACAGGGCCCUCUGUAUCGAGUGUUAGUCUACAGCAGCAACAACAUUUGGGAAGUGUAACCGAUCUCAAUAAGACGAUGUCGGGAAACGACACGCCUGGAUAUCCGCGGGUGAGCAGCGUACCGCCGCGCUCACUCAACUGUAACGGAUAUUCAGGCGACUACAGCGGCAGUAAUCCACAACAGCAACAGACAACCAGUAAUGCCAGUACUGGCACUUCAGCUGCAAGUUCAGCCAACGGCGCAACGAUUGCCAACGUCAAUGGAGGCCAUCAGACUAUUGCUCAUAAUACCGCGGCAGCUUCGCAACCGGCUGCUUCUCCCAUGCAAACAAGCAGUAAUCAAAGCGUGCCUCAGUCUCCAACACGAGGGGUUAUGCAGCAACAGCAGUCUCAAUCGCAACCAAUGAGCCAACAGACGCGUCAUGUGUCACAAUCACCCAAUCAAGUGGCCCCCUCACCAAAUGCAAAUUUGAGUGGCUCGCAAAGCACCCAGCAACAGUAUGGUGGUACAACUAUACCGGCGUCGCCGCAUCACACUGUUGGUGGUAUACAGAGUCAGACGCAGAGUAAUGUUGCCUCACCUCCUCAGCAACCGCAGCCCAUGCAGCAGGAUUGGAAUUGGAACAGUCAGGCACAAACGGGAGUAGCUGAUCCUUAUCAACAAACUACAGGACCAGGCGGCGAACGGGUGAACCUUAACACCCGCAUCAAAUCAAUGAUAAUGCGCAAAAAUGAUCCGAAGGACUCUAUUUCGGGCACUGCUCCGCCGGAUAUACACGGCAUGCCUGGAGCUCCACCCCCCUCUUUGGGCGUAAGUGGUCCCAAUGGCAGUCAGCAACAACAACAGGCCGGUCAUUUUUUAUCGUAUAGCCACCAUCUCCGAGGCGAUUCAGCAAUGAAUUCCAAUGGUUCGAAUGGAACUAAUGGACCUGCAACGCAACAGCCCACACCGCAACAAAAUCAGUCAGCGGCUCAAGCACCCCUAAGUGCGGGCUUGGCAAGUGGCGUAUCCCUAGCUCCGGAACCUAUCGGAGGUGGUGGCGAUCACAUUUGGAAGCCACACCACUCGAAUUCAUUUAAGAAGCCUGUGGCCUCUGGUUUUCCAACUGCAGACCAUCAUCAUCAGCACAGUCAGCAACCUUUGGCACAAGUUCCCCCACAGCAUACUACAACGGCACAUAGUGACCCACCUAAGAAGUCAAGCCGCAGAAGCAGAAGCAAUAGAUCGUCAUCCUCGUCUGCUGCAUCCGUCAAUGUCUCGGCGAACAACCCUGCUAAUACAGAUAACUCGGAUAUAGAUAAAAAUAGUAAUGACCCUGGAGGUGGACAUCAUCUUACGCAUUUAGCCAAUAUAAAAAUGGAGAAAGGCGUUCCUUACCCACCUCCACCAUCAUCUCACUAUCCCCCACAACACCCAGACUAUCACCAUGCACCUUAUAUUAAGACCGAGCCUGGUCUUAUACCCGGUCAACACAAUAAAAUGGAAGGAUACGAGCGCAACUAUCAGAACUUUGUCCAAUAUGCUGAUUUUUGUCAGAAUGAGGUACAAGGGCAGCCAGGUACUGCUGGACCUCAACAACCGCCUCCGCCACAUCAUCAAAACCAACAGGAGUAUCCAGCUGGAUAUCACCAUAAUUCCAGCUAUUACGGUUCCUCAACCACUUUUCAACAGAGCUACCAACAAAAUUUUGUGCCCAACUAUCAGCAUUCUGCAUCAGCUUUUGGAAAUACACACGGUAUGCAUCCUCACUCAAAUGCUUUAUCAUCGGGGCACACAAAGCCCAUGAAUGGCCCAUUGUCUAAACAUCAUGGCAGCAGUUUACAUCAUCACAGUAGUCACAUGAUGGACAUCGAUCGCAAGCCGGAAACAAGUAGCAUCAUUCCCUUGCCGACCAACUACGAAAAAGACAUACCUGCCCAUGCUUAUCCUAUUCCACCACACCGUUAUCCACUGGGACAUGGUCCUACGACGCAUCCUCAUUUGAAUACAGGAGGACUACUAGAACCGAAAGUAGAGGAUAUGGGAAGCGGCGCCUAUGGACCCGGAGGAUCGGGUUAUGUAUUUCAUGGCGAAGGUGGACCAGCAGCUAUUAAAAAUAGCACUGGCUUUUCCUGUUGCCGUCAAGGGGGCACACGUGCACCAACCGCUGAGCAUCUCAAAGAUGGCUCAUGCAUUGGUAUGCAAACCAAAGACGAAAUACUGGACGAAGAGGAAGCUCAGGCUACAAAUCAAAAUGGUGCAAAACCAAAGAAGAAAAACGUCAAGCAAGAAGAGCCCAGCGAGAUUACAGUCAAACAUGAAAAAAUCAAUCCCAUGUUUGAUACCUCAGAUCGUUUGGAAAAGGGCAAUAAAACAGAGGUGCCCGAAUGCGACUGCUUUCAAUCAGACAAAAGUCCUCCUGAGCCGGGCACAUACUAUACUCACUUAGGUACUGCAUCAAAUUUGGCCGAUUUAAGAAGAGAAUUCGAGGAACGCUGUCAAGUAUCUGGUCGUCAACUCCGCAUUGAGAAAAUCCUUUACACCGGCAAAGAGGGCAAAACGUCCACUGGUUGCCCUCUUGCUAAGUGGAUAAUAAGAAGAGCCGAUCCCGAAGAAAAGAUUUUGGUUGUGGUUAAGAAACGUCCAGGCCAUAGAUGCAUAGCUGCAUUUAUUGUGGUGUGUAUGGUAGUUUGGGAUGGUAUGCCACGCUUGGACGCAGAUAACGCUUAUACGAAUCUUAUUCCAAAAUUGAAUAAAUUUGGAUUACCGACAACACGUCGUUGUGCGACAAACGAAAAUAGAACUUGCGCAUGUCAAGGUCUGGAUCCAGAAACCUCAGGGGCUUCUUACAGUUUUGGCUGUUCUUGGUCUAUGUAUUAUAACGGUUGUAAAUACGCACGAUCUAAGACCGUGCGCAAGUUCCGUCUCUCUGUCAAAAGCGAGGAGCCGGCCAUUGAAGAACAUAUGAAUAUAUUGGCGACUAUAUUGGCACCAAUAUUCAAACAACUAUGUCCACGUUCCUAUGACAAUCAAACUCGUUAUGAAAAAGAAGCUCAAGACUGCCGUCUAGGCAAUGAGGAAGGAAAACCAUUUUCUGGUGUAUCUGCAUGCCUAGAUUUUUGCGCGCACGCACAUCGUGAUCUGCACAACAUGCAGGAUGGCUGCACAGUUCAGGUGGCCCUCCUAAAACCUUGCAAUCGUGAUAUUAACAACCCAGAUGAUGAGCAAUUGCACGUACUACCACUUUACACAAUGGACACGACGGAUGAGUUUGAGAGUGUCGAUGGCCAAAGGGAUAAACACCGUACUGGUGCAGUUCAAGUGUUGGACAAAUUUCCAUGCGAGGUACGCGUCAGAUCAACACCAUUGAUUCCGUGUCGUAGACAUGGAAAAAAGCGAAAAGAAGACGAGCCAGCUGCUAUAGAAGGAGAAUCGCCGAAUUCUGCUACUCCUGCGCCCGCGACCCCGUCCGAUGCCAAUGCACAGACUGUUACAAACGCUGUUGCAGGAACAAAGAAGGAAUCGAAUGGGAGCACAAACACAUCCAAUGGUGGAAAUGCGUCGACAUCUAAGUCAAAGUCGAAAGCCAAAAAUCAGCAAUCAUCAAAUUCAACGCCAUCAGCACCCCCUACUACACCUUCGCCGCGUUGCCAAACACCAGUUACGAACAAUCCAAGCCCAGCCGGAAGUGCAUUCUCCACGCCUCCCGUGAGCAAUAACGCUAACAAUAGUGGCAGCAGUGGAGCCAAUCAUUCCAACACUCCGCCGAGCAAUACUGCAGGAGGAAACACCAAUCAACUUAUGUCAUCUAAUUCAAGUUUAAUGAAUAUGGCGACCAUGAUUGAUACCUUCACAGAUGCCCAGCUACAAUCGAAUCAGAUUUCAAGUACAGUGCUGGAUUCUCCCUAUUCCUAUGACUAUCAAACUGGUUCCUAUAUUGACUCCCGGAACUAUUAUGGGAAUUGGCCGCCGCCACCCCACCCGCAUAAUCCACAUGCUACAGCACACAAUGUUCCCGCCAUUGGGGCUACACCGCCAAGUGGGCCAGCUGUCACGGCUCCUAGUAAUGCCAACGCAAGCCCAUUGCCCACGCCAACAAACCCAGCUGGCCAGCAAGCAGCGGCACCCCAACAUACAUCUGGUACACAACUUGAUGCAAACGGCUAUAACACUGGCUGUUAUAACCAAUUACCGACUGCUGGCAGCCAUCAGUUGACACAGGUACAUGAUGUUCGGGGAGAGGUUAAAAGCCGCGGCAGUGAAGAGAAUCCCGACUCAACGACAUUGGUUAAUAAUAGUUUAGCAGCAGAAAGUAAGUUGACCACUCUUACUCCUAUGGCACCAAUGACUAAUAUAACAACUCAACACCACUCUCAUGCUCCCCCUCAUCCGCAUGCUUCACCACUCGAAGAAGGAUUUGUAAAACCAAAGCCGCCAACUGAAUACUCGCAGUACUCCCAGUAUCCGAACAACUACCAAAUGUACCCACCACCACAUUCUGCUUACUCUGCGUACGAUGCUUACCAAAACAUGAACUAUAACUAUGGCUAUCAUCAGGCAUAUUCACCCUACGGCAUGUAUCCCCAACAAACUCCACCGCCGACACCUCCACCACCUUCUCCCAACUGGAAUAUGUAUGGUCAUCAUCAGGGUUCAUCUAGUGCUACGACAACGCCAUAUUCUUCUGCACCUUUGCCGCCUUCUGCGACUGGGCCCAUACAUCAGACGACUCCAACAAUGAACACGUCUUCUCUUCCUCCCGGCCAGACAACUUUGUCAAAUGGUAGCGGCAUUGCCGGCGCCAGUAGUAUGAAACCCACAAAUGAUAGUGGAUUGACACCUGCGCCAAAUAUAGCAACACCCAUAUGCGGCCCUGUUCCACCUUUGAAUGCCAAUACCCAAAAUACCCCAAUGACAGAUCUCAACACUACGUCGGGUGCUACGAAUAUAACAGAAGACGCAAAUGUACCCAAUCCCAACACUGGACGACUAACGUCACCUGAAUUGAACAAUCCAAAUGCCAACAACUCUAAUGGUGCUACCUCAUUGGCAAUGCAAACUACGGCAGCGACCACAGCUCCAAGUGAAACAGCAAAUUCAGCCGCAACGCCAUCACCACUGUCUGCGCCGAACGAGACAUCCAAUCCAGCAUCGACGACAAGCAGUAGCAACUCGAACAAGAUUGAACCUAUUGGUGAAAUUUCUGAUUUUAGUGAAAACCUUGAGGCAUUCCAAGAUCCACAGAUGGGUGGUGUGGCAAUAGCACUUAAUCAUGGCAGCGUCAUGAUUGAAUGUGCUAAACAUGAAAUGCAUUCCACGACAUCUUUGAAGAAUCCAAAUCGCCACGAGCCGACGCGAAUGACGCUGAUCUUCUAUCAGCAUCGUAAUCUGAAUCGACACCAUCACGGCAUUGAUGAAUGGGAAGAAAAAAUGCGCGUCAAGAAGAUCAAUACGGAUCUGGAUAACAAGGCCAAGGAAGAGAAGGAAAAAAUAAAAAAGGAACACAUGGGCGAGAACGAAGAAGAGGAAGAUGGGGACGAUGAAAGACCACCACCCGCAGCAACCCCCAACAACCCCACCACCAAAUCUAAUGCUACCAAAAAAGAGAGUAGCGCCAAUAGCCAAACCACAAAAUCUGGAAAUGCCCCUUCGGGUGGUAAAAAGAAGAAGGAGUCAUCGUCUAAAAAGAAUGCCCAAAACACCAAUAAUACCGAUCCAAAAAACGAGAAAGUUGCCCUCCGAGCACCCACACUAACAACAACAUCGUGGACAACCCUGUUUCCUAUGCACCCAUGUGUGGUUACGGGGCCUUAUCAGGAGGGCAACACUAGUCCAACGUCCACAACCGUUCAGCAGCAACAGCAACAAGCGAAUGAACAGUCACAGCCACAGCAACAACCGCAGCCGCAACCUCAAGCUCAAACUAUGCAAACAUAAGCAAGCUGCAAGGGUUUGAUUAAUUACAACAACAGGCAAUGUUCUGUGGUCCCAAAGAGGUGCACCUACAUACAGAGUUUUGACAAAAUUACAUAGAUGUUUAAGGCAAACAUAUGACGCAGUAGCCUCUGCCCAAAACGCCAUCAACAGUGAUUUCUGAGCUUUCAUUUUAGGCAAGAUCAUGCAUGCCUCCUUCGGGUGUGUGCGUGAGCAAUAAGUUUUUCUACUGACUUUCAUUGUUAAAUAUCCCCCCAUAAACACAGACAAUUACCAUCAUGUUAUUGACGAUAUUUGUGCCAUA